UUGAUGGUAUUUUAUCGUCUGGUCUCUGUCUCUCUCUCCAUCUGAUUAAGCUACCCUCUUCCUCUAGCGAAGUCCGCGAUGAACACUACAGGCACGUCGGGUGGAGGAGGCGGACGAUCAUGGCCGUCGACGACGUCGGUGUCGGCGUCAGGAAAGAGGAUACAGAAAGAGAUGGCCGAACUCAACACGGACCCACCUCCUGACUGCUCUGCUGGUCCCAAAGGCGACAAUCUCUAUCACUGGGUCGCCACCCUCAUCGGUCCUCCAGGGACACCAUAUCAAGGUGGCAUAUUUUUUCUUGACAUAACAUUCCCAAGUGAUUAUCCAUUCAAACCUCCAAAGGUGGUAUUCAAGACUCGAAUCUACCACUGUAAUGUAGAUUCUACUGGAAACGUUAGUUUGGACAUCUUGAAAGACGGUUGGAGUCCGGCUUUAACAAUCUCAAAGGUGCUACUUGCUAUCAGAUCAAUUUUCACCAACCUCGACCCUAAUAAUCCACUUGUUCCUGGCAUUGCUCACUUGUACUUGGCAGACAAAGCUAAAUUUGAUGAAUUGGCUGCCGAGUGGACACUGCGAUUUGCAAGGUAAACUUGAUAUAAUAACGCUUUCAACCGCAACCAUUCCAGCUCGUGGUUCAAUUUGUUUGCCUUGGUUUUUGCCUGUGAGCAAAUUAGAACUAUUUAGUCUAGAAGGAAAUCCCAUUGCUUGCAAGGUGCCCUGGUACAAUAGAUGGUUCUGUUGUAUAUGGUUACCAAGCUCAUGACUCAGAAUUGUUGUUUCCCUAAAACUAUCAGGUUUCUUGUGUAAUAACCAAUUUUUUUUUUUUU